GCGAAACCGCAUUACACGCACUCCAUCCCUCCACCAAUCAUCAGCUGGGACAAACACUCUUCAGCUUCCCAGCAGAAAGCCACGACUUGUGCGGACUACGGAUGAAAACGCGACCUCUAAAUCAAUAGACAAUUCCACAAACUUUAUUUUAGAUGUUGUGCAGAGUGAAUGAGUCGUAAAAGCUGCGGUUGCGACUUGCGGGGAGCGCUAACUUGCGGGAUUAGUUUGCAUGCAGCCUGACAGCGGAGGCUGACUGCGGUGGGAUGGGCUGUGAGGUGUUCAAGAUGGCGGCGCCCUGUGGAGUGCAGCUACUCUAACAGAGCUGCCUGGAGACUGUAUUGGUGGGUGGCCCCAGGAGUCCUCCAGGCAGGAAGGGACGGACAACGCGAGAGAGACGCUGCCUCCACCUCCACCACUGCCACCAUGGCCAGGGAGCAGCCCAACGUGGGGGACCUCCUCCCGCUCCUGGAGACCUCCGACCUCCACCAGCUAGAAGAGAUCAGAGGCCUUAUCAACGAGCAGCUCAGCACUGAGCGAGGGUCCAUGCUGCUGAACGGGCUGGUGGACUACUUUUUGGAAACUAACUCUGCCCAGGCCAUGCAUAUCCUCUCCUCAGUCAGAGAGCCACAUGACAAGCACCUUCUGGACAAGAUGAACGAGUGUAUGACCAAACAGGCCUGCCGGCUGCCCACCCUCACCCUGCUCGGCCAUGUAAUCCGCAAGCAGCCGUCCUGGAUCCACAAGAUUGCUCGAUACCCUCUGCUGCUCUCGCUGCUCAAAUGCCUAAAGACGGACACGGACGUAGUGGUGCUGAUAACUGGAGUACUGGUGCUGAUCACUCUGCUGCCCAUGAUCCCUCAAGCUGGGAAACAACACCUGUGGGAGUAUUUCGACAUCUUUGGCCGCCUUGCAUCCUGGAAUCUUAAGAACCCCGGGCAUGUUUCAGAGGUUUACCUAAUCCACCUGCACGCCAGCGUCUAUUCACUCUUCCACCGUCUCUACGGCAUGUACCCGUGCAACUUUGUAUCCUACCUGCGCUCCCAUUACAGCAUGAAGGAGAACAUGGAAACCUUUGAGGAGGUAGUGAAGCCGAUGCUCGAACACGUCCGUAUUCACCCGGAACUGGUUACAGGAACCAAGGACCAUGAGCUUGACCCCACCAGGUGGAAAAAGUAUGAAAUCCAUGAUAUCGUCAUCGAAUGUGCCAAAGUGUCAUUAGACCCUAAGGAGGCCUCCUGUGAGGAGGGAUACGCCACCAUGCCUGAGAACUUUUAUCCCCAAAUCCACCUGCGACCACAAGACUGCACUUCCAGCCCCUACACAGACCUUCACAGCAGCUACGGAAGCUCUUCUUCGACCCCGUUCUCGACUCCACGGCAGCCGCUACCCCCGCCCCUGUCCUUGCCCCCCUUCUCAGGGACACAGUCCUCCUACCGUAGCCCACAGACCUCCAGACGCCAGAACUCCACCUGUGAACUGAACUCUUCCUGUGGGGGGAAGGACCCUCUGUGGAGCCCCUCCUCGUUGUGCGGCAUGGCCACGCCCCCCUCGUCCAGGGGCAUGUCACCCAACUUAGAGCUCUCCCACAGUGCCUCACACCUUCCCAGCCGCUUCCACUGCACAUCAGGAGGGAAAGGAACGCCUGCCUCCAGCACUCCAGCCACCUCUUCCCCACCUCCCACCCUAUCAGAUGACUUCCCCAUAAUCUCCUUACCAGCCAACACAGUCCAGUCCAGUCCACCAAGAAAGGAUCGCAGACAAGGGGAAAGCGGUAAGCCUGCACUGGUGAGACAGGAACCAGUGAAAGAUGCAGAAAAGAGUGCAGACGGAGCCACAAACAGGGAUGCGGGAGCUGCUGAGAACGUUUCUAUGACUCUGACGGAACUGUCGGUCUACAUGAAGAAACAGGAGCUGGAGCUUCAGCUGAGAACAGAGAAAGAGAAGGAAGAGGCUGCCAUCACAGAGGAGCUGCUGAAGAUCACUGAGGAUAAACAGGAGAUGCCAGGCCUGAGGGGCUUUGACUCCCCUUUCUACCACACCACUGAGACUCUGACCGGCUGUCAGACACAAGACAAGACCCUCUCUAACACCCAGCCCGGAGGCCCCGUCCGGGACACACACCAUGUUGUGUCGACGCCUGACAAAGCGGAGAACACUGCGAGCACCAGUGGUGUUGGGAGUGAAAGAGGUGGAGGAGCAGGAGGAGACAGCAGGAGUUCAGCCCUCGGUCUCGAGCAGUCCUGGUCCUUCCAGUCAGGUUUCACCCCCAUCGAUCACCACCUGCACCGGAGCCCCUCCGCCCCGGACGACGAGGUGGGCAAGUUCGGGAUGUUCUCCCCGAGCCCGUGCAGCAAGACCCCGGCCCCGGUGCCCUACGAGUCGUUUUUCGACCUGGCCUUGCCCAGGGCGGCCUCGCUCUUCGUGGGCCAGAAAACGUCGGAGGCGGUGCACAAGGCGGCGCUGGAGAGGCUCUCGCAGCAGGAGGAGGGGCUGGAGGACGGAGAGGAGGAAGGGGUAGUGUCUGCUUCACCACUGGAGGUGCUGGAUCGCCUUGUUCAGCAGGGGAGCGACACCCACGAUAAAGUUCUCAAGAGAUUACCUUUGCCAAGUAAGUCAGCUGACUGGACGCACUUUGGAGGCUCGGCUCCGCUGGACGAGCUUCACACGCUGCGCAGCCAGCUGCUCCUGCUGCACAACCAGCUGCUGUACGAGCGCUACAAGAGGGAGCAGCACGCCGUCCGCAACCGACGCCUCCUCAGACGCAUCAUCAACGCCACUGCACUGGAGGAGCAGAACAGUGCUAUGAAGGACCAGCUGAACCUGCAGAGCGUGGACAUCUUGUCUCUGAGGGAGAGUCUGCAGGUGGAGCAGCAGCGGUACAGGCAGCUGUGGGACGACCGGGAGACGGUGGUGACGAGGCUGCACAACCAGAUCAGACAGCUGCAGCAGGGACGAGACGACUACUACACCAAGAACCAGGAGCUCCAGAGCAAGCUACAGGAGUGUCAGAAAAGGAUGGAUGAACUGGAGGCAGAGCUUCAGAGGGCCAACAACAAAGUCUGCCACACUGGUCACCUCCUCAACCAGAUGACCAUCAAGCUGAGCAACAGUGAGAGCACCCAGCAGCAGAUGAGCUUCCUGAACAAGCAGCUGCUGCUCCUCGGGGAGGCACAUAAGCUGUCCAUGCAGGAAUUACACCAUGCAGGCGCUGAUAAUACAAAGGAGGCCCAGAUGCUGCAGGUGUCUUAUGGGAAAGAGGUGGAGACGCUGAGGCAGAGCCUGCUGGUUCAGGGCCAGAAACUGGAGGCAGCACAGCAGAGAGUCGCAGAGCUGGAGACGCACCUCUCCAAGAAGGAGCACCUCAUCGCAGAGCAGAAGAAGUUUCUCGAGGACGUAAAAUGUCAAGCAAAGGCGGAGCUGCAGGCCUCAGACAGCAGGUAUCAGGCUCAGAGGAGAAUCACUCAGCUGCUGCAGACUGAACUCCUGCAGCUCUACAGCCGAGUGGAGAUGGAGGCUCCUGCCGGCACUGCCACCAGCUCACCACCAGGGGGCAGAGCUGACCCACACACUCCUGCUGACUCCAGUGUCAUGGUGCCAGAUGGACCAAGUAAAACUCACACCCACGAGGAGGUGGACAGUAGACCACCGCACGACUCCCCUCGGGGUAACGGCAGCACUUUAUCGCCAGGGCAACCAAAGGCGAGCAACUCUUCCAAGACAACAGCCAACUCCAUCAAUGGCAGCCAAGACUUGGCCCCGCCUCUGCUGGUGGAGCCCUCCCUGUCCUGUCCCCACACCAACCCGCUCGCACCCGUGCCCUCCUCUGACGCGCCGCUCACAGUGGGUUCUUACCCCAGCGCCAAGAGCUUCCUGGGCAUGAGGGCGCGCGAGCUGUUCCGCAACAAGAGCGAGAGCCAGUGCGACGAGGAGCAACCGCCACCGCGCCUGGCUGGCCUCGCUCACGGCCUGAAGACUGAGCUGUGUGUGGAGCCGCCCUGCCAGGGUUAUAUCGCCCCCAUCGGCCCUGCCCCUUCCCCUAUCCCGACUCCGCCUCCCCCACCUGCUCCUGCUCCCGCCACUCCUCUCACUGUGCCCACCAAGGAGCACCCCUCUGAGCCCAAGCAGCGGGCCUCCAGCCAGGAAAGCCCUCGUCGGAAGGCAGGGGCGGGGCCUGGUGGAGGACGGGGUCAGGCGGGGUCAGGGCGCCCCCGGCAGCAGCAGCUAAAGAUCAUGGACUACAACGAAACACAUCACAAGCACAGUUAGAGACACAGAACUGAGCCGGGACGCAGGGCGAAGGAGGAGAGACUGAAGUUUAACGAUGAAGAAGAGCUACAAAUCAGCAAAAGAGUAACAUGUCAGCAACUCUUUGCAAUUCAGUGUUAUUUGUUCCAUUCCUCUGAGUGGACAACAGGAUUUCCCCAAAAAUGUUUCUUUCUUUUUUUUUUUUUUGUCUUUUUAAAAAAAUACUGAUUCAUUCCCCUGAAGACUUUAGGUGAAGGUGACAGAGAUAGAAAGUCUGUGUGUUACCGGUGGAGAUACUAACCUUAUGAAUUUGGUUAUGAGACGAAGGCGCUUAAAGAUACGCUGACAGGAUGUGAUUAAUAUUAAUAACUUACAUGUGACACUGUGAGUCUGAGGUUUAAAGGGUCAGUUCACCAAAAUUACAAAAAUGCACAUUUUCCCAUUUGGCUCCAGUUGUAUCUAGCCAUGCUUAAAGAUUUGGUUGUACUGUUCAGGUUUUGAGAUAUCUGUCUGCCUCCACCCCAGUACAGUGGAGGUAAAUGGGAUUUUGUUUGUGGGCUUCACAGACAGUAUCGAUCAAUUACAUAAAAAAAAACUCAGCUCCAGAAACAGUGUUCCAGGUAGUUUUGGACAAUCCACAGACUUCACAGUGAACAGUUUUCAGUGGAACUACUGAAAUAGUCCCUUUGAAAAAAAGUUCACUGUGAAGUCAGUGAAUUAUGUGGAAUUAUGGAGAAACUGUUUCAGGAAAGAAAUGUUGCUGUUAAAAUUACUGUUAGAGUUGCUGCCAUUUUCCAACACCGUGAGACCACAAAUAAAGUUCCAUUCACCUCCGCUGUGUUGGGUGUGGAGGCAAAAAUCUCAGAGACCAAUAUCUCAAAAACCCAAACUAUCAGCUCUAGUCGAUACCACCAGGUGUAAAUGUGAAAAUACUUUUUUCUUUCUUUUCUAAUUUAGGUGUACUGAAUCUUUAAAAUUUAAAACCACUUCUAAUCAAAUCAUGAAAACCAGGAGAGCAGGAGCUGUUACAUUUGUCACGAUCAUCUAUUAGGCAUGUUUUGGCGUUGACCAUGGACCGAAAUAUGUGUGAGUGAAUGUUACAUCGGAGCGGUGGAGGUGAGAUGUUUGGGUGGUUGUUUUUUUUUUUUUUUUCAGGGGAAACCUUGGAAGUGUGACCAUAUCAUUGCUUUACUGAACUGGAAAACUAACAUUUCCAUACAAAACUCCAUUGAGUUUUUGUCCAAAUGAAGUCAGAAGGCAACUUUGUUUGUUUGCGAAUGUACGAGUCAUGUUGGUUCUUGUAUUUCAGCAAAGAUGCAACACAGAAAGUGUAUGAAAUUUAGAAACAGAUGAAAUUUUAUGCAUUUUUAUUAAUUCCUCAUUAUUUUCCCAUCUUUAUUUUUUAUUUAUUCAGCCAUAAAGGAUGCUCACAAUUACGUAUCCUGAAUUUGAAUUAGACCUGGCAAGUGACACAACGCCCAAGCUAUAAAAUCAGAAUUUUUUGUUCAAGAUUACCAUGCAUGCAAACAUUUGUGUUUCCAGCUGAAUUCAAACAUCUCUAAACAUAAGCGUUGUUUCUCGUGUUGAUUGUACAUUCAGUUGUUACGUACAGCGUGGGAAACGCAGCCGAAAGCGUCUGGUCCAGUCGGUUUCCCUGCAGGAAGCAGGUCUGACAGACACAGACUUUUCUCGUUUCUUCUAAGUAUUAGAAGUCUAAAUCCUGUUGUCCACUGGGAACUCCUGCUGUCAUUUCCUUCUGCCUCGCUAUCUAAAGCAUGUUCAACAAUCCACUUUAAAUGCCAACCGUAGUAACUAAAGCAAACCAAGACAGAAGGUACAAUCAGCACAAACUGAAGAAACCAGGACUCUGACCGGAGCUGGAGAAUCUGGGACGAAAUGGCAAAAAAGGAAGUUCUUAAAGCAGUGGCUUGUGUUUAACUGUGAACAAUAAAGAUCGUCUUCAAUGUUUUGCACUACAA